AUGUCGGACUUCAACGCGCACGGCCUCGACCCGCUGUGGGUUGAGCCGAAAGCGGAGGAGGUGCAAGCGUUCUUUGACAAGUUGUCGGAGGGCUAUCUCCGCGAUGAGCCAGUGCUCAUCCGCGACACCUCCAAGGAGGAGCUGGACUACAUUGCUGCCAGGGCGGUGGAGGCGGCGCUCGCCAAGGAGGCCGGCAGCCGGCACCGACGCCCCCUUAUUGAAGACGUGGGCGACGAGUCGUUCGAAGAGGAGGUCGAGGCUGAUGAUCCCUCGGCCACAGGGAAGAGGCGCGCCCUGCAACGGGCCGGCUCCGGCGAGCCGGUCCGGCCCGGCAAGACCGUGCAGCGGCAACAGGUUCCGGAGCAGUCCGUGCGCCAGACGAGAGCCGCAGCAACGAAGGCCGCGACAGCGAAAAAGGUGGUGAAGACGGCGGUGGCGAAGAAGAAAGCGACCGCCUCCUCUUCGUCCAAGCGACGCCGGACCCCAUCCCCUUCUCCGCCUCCUUCAGACAGCACCCUGGAGACCGACUUCGACCUCGGGUCUUUUAGCCCGAAGAGGAAGAGGAAGCCAGUGGAGGAGGAGGCGGAGAACGAGGACACGGAGACGCUGGCCCAAAGGGCGGCGAAGAGGGCCAAGGCCUCGACGGGCGACAAGCCCCCGGUGGGUUCUUCGCGCACGCCGGCGGUGGUGGAGAUCAGCCCGGACAACAGCCCCCGGCGCAGCCCUCGCUUCAGCCCCCAGCGAGGAGAGCGGCUGCAGGAGGAGCCGCCAAGGGCCAACCCCAACACGCCGCCCCCAUCGACCACGCCGCCCAGAGGGGCGUCCCCAGCAAGGGCAUCUACCACCGAGCCCACGCACAUGGAGGAGGAGGGGGCGAGCUUGAGCGCCGGUGGUUUCGUCCCGGCAACAAAUGUUGGUGGGGAGGGCGCCACUUCUUCCCAGCCCGGCGCGGACCCUUCCUCGGCGGAAUCGGAGGAUAGGUACACCAUCAUCAAGGAGGUCGCCAAGGAUGCCGAGGCCGAGGCCGGCAAGAUCACCGUCGAGGAGGCAGCCAAGGCCGCUACUAAGGAGGCCGCCAAGGGGCCUGCUGGAGAGGCCGGCAAGGCUGCUGCCAAAGGGGCUAGUGAGGCCGCUACUGGAGCGGCUGACAGGGCCGCCGCCGAGAAGGAAGUGGCCAAUGACCAACCUCCCUCCCCUCCGGCUCCCGCCCCGGGCAGGUACUUGAAGGUGGGCGACGGCCUGUUCAUUCACCUUCCAGGGACGGCGGGCACCAGGGCGCCGGCCGAGAGGGAGGUGUUUGACGACGAGGCGCUCGCCACCGCCGGGCUCCAGAAGCUCCAGGCGCUCCACCGUGCCCGCCUGGACAAGGCAAAAUCCAGGAUGGCAGCGGCGGACAAGGCGGGGCCGGAUCUCGAGGAGCGCAUCGCCAAGACGCAGGCCUGGUUCCGUGAGGCCCAGGAAGGGCUGAAGGCUGCCUAG